UCCCGAACGGGCCCAAAAUCUCCCCCCAAAACUCUCUUUCCCCCGCUCCGCCCGCCCCCCCCGUACCUCCGCCAUCUCACCGAUUCUAGAAGCUUCCAGAAUCCUCGCCCGCUCAGAUGCAGGACCUCAACGCCAACCUCUACCGGAAGUACACCGGCCUCAAGAAGCGAAAGCUGCUCGACGAGGGGUCGGCGAGGGAGCUGGAGUCCGACAUCAAGGAGAUGUGCGAAGGCAUGAAGGAGAUGGAAAGCGAGAUCCACAACCUCCGGAACGAGAACAACCGCCUCCGCGACGAGCUGCUCAGCAAGGAGCGGCAACUUGCCGAGACGCGGACACUGUUAGUUGACACGGAGCACCAGCUUGCGGAGAUCCAGGCACAUUUAGCUGACAGCGAGGAGCAGCUUGCGGAGGCCCGUAAAACUUCAGCCGACGAUACUAGGACAAAGGAGUUUGAAACUGAAAUUUCGAGGCUUAAGCUUCUCCUUGCUGAAAAGAAUGAUACAAAUAAUUAUACAGUUCCACCUGGAGUCAUACGUAAUCACACUCCAGUUUCACCUGCAAGGACACCAGAGUGGAACAACAGACUGUCCAGUGCAAAUGCCAUUGUCCAGCAUGGUACCUUUCGGGAUGAAGCUAGAGAGCUGGAAUGCUGUAGAAGAAAUAUGCGCAUCUCAGGAAAUGGGGCAGAUGAAAGUUCUAGUUGUGUGUAUCAGAUGCUGGCUGAAUCUUUAGUUGGCAUGAAAUUUUCAUUGAAGAAUGAAAUGGAAGGGUUCUCACUUUGUAUCUAUCAUGAAGCUAGUGUUAUUGUAGGUUAUAAUUUCACCCUGACAUGGUUAGAGCAAGCUGAUGGCGGUGAAUGGGCCUACAAAUACUCUUCGCUGGGCACACUGGAGAAAAUUGCUUUGGGGUGGAUGAAAAUGCAGGACGUAAGGUUCUCCAUGACCAUGUGCCGUGUAUUCUUUCAGCGGAUAUCAGGUCUCAUCAGACAAGGUCGACGAUAGUCCUGACUUCCUUGUAUCCUGUUCUGUCCAAGUUAGCUUAGAUUUACUGAACCGAAAGAAGCUUCCCUUUCUUAGGGUAGAUGUAACAUGACUGAAAUUGACAGACUGUUGGCAGAGCUGUGUGUUAUUUGUUUGUCAUUCA